CCUAUUUUCUCCUCGUGCUCUUACGAUCUCUUAUCUGAACUGACUCGGCCUGUUUCAUGAAUUCCACGACGAAAACAAGCGGCUCAGUCAGCUUCGCAGCUCCGCGAAGCUUCGGCACCGCCUUAAAAUCCGACCUCAAGGAGACCUUUUUCCCCGACGACCCUUUCAAGGCAUUCGCAAAUGAGAAACCACUUGGGAAGGUCAGGAAGGGUUUCCAAUAUUUCGUUCCCAUCUUGGGAUGGCUUCCGAAAUACAGUCUGAAAACGUUUCAAUACGACGUCCUUGCCGCACUCACCAUCACCAGUCUCGCCAUUCCUCAAGGAAUUAGCUACGCCAAACUCUGCCAGAUUCCUCCCAUUAUCGGCCUCUAUUCAAGCUUUGUUCCUCCUCUUAUUUAUGCAAUUUUUGGAGACUCCAAGUACCUCGCUGUGGGAACAGUGGCAGCAUGCUCGUUGCUUAUUGCCGAAAUCAUUGGAGAAGUAGCUGAUCCAAAGGCAGACCCUACAUUGUACCUGCACUUAGUUUUUACGGCCACCUUUAUCACCGGCAUUAUUCAGACAGCUUUGGGUAUUCUAAGGCUGGGGAUUCUGGUGGAUUUCCUAUCACAUUCCACCAUCACUGGCUUCAUGGGAGGGACUGCAAUUAUAAUUUGCUUGCAACAGUUGAAGGGCUUUUUAGGGUUGAAGAAUUUCACGACCAAAACCGACGUUGUAAACGUUUUGAAAUCAGUAUUCCAGCAUAGAAACGAGUGGAGGUGGGAGAGUGUAGUUCUGGGUAUUACCUUCCUCCUUUUACUACAGUUUACCAGGUGGCUGAGAAACAGAAAACCAAAGCUAUUCUGGGUGUCGGCUAUGACUCCACUUGUCGUGGUGGUUGUUGGGUGCCUUAUUGCUUAUUUUGCCCAUGCAAAAGACCAUGGAAUACCAAUUGUGGGAGACUUGAAGAAAGGGAUCAAUCCUUCUUCCAUUCAAUAUUUGACCUUUGACAAAAAAUAUUUUCCGGCUGUUGUGAAGGCUGCGGCUAUUACUGGCCUUAUUGCUUUGGCUGAGGGAAUAGCAAUUGGAAGGAGCUUUGCCAUAAUGAGGAACGAACAAGUUGACGGGAAUAAGGAAAUGAUAGCUUUUGGCUUCAUGAACAUUAUUGGAUCUUUCACCUCAUGUUACUUGACUACUGGACCAUUUUCAAAGACUGCGGUGAAUUACAAUGCGGGAGCAAGAUCACAAAUGGCAAACGCAGUGAUGGCACUUUUUAUGAUGUUCGUUCUUCUGUUCUUGGCUCCUCUCUUUAGUUACACCCCUCUUGUUGCUUUAUCUGCAAUUAUUAUGUCCGCCAUGCUUGGACUCAUCAAAUACAAUGAAGUCUAUGAACUCUUCAAGGUUGACAAGUUUGACUUCGUCAUCUGCAUGGCUGCCCUUUUAGGUGUUGCCUUCAUUAGCAUGGACAUCGGUCUCGGUAUCUCAAUCGUACUUGGUCUUGUGAGAGCUCUCCUUUAUGUGGCUAGGCCUGGCACUUGUAAGCUUGGAAAAAUACCAGACUCGGUUAUUUACCGUGACAUAGAGCAGUAUCCAGAAGCUGCGAGGAAUUCAGGAGUCCUGGUACUACAAAUUGGCUCCCCAGUCUACUUUGCAAAUGGCAACUAUAUAAGGGAAAGGAUUUUGAGAUGGGUUUGGGAUGAGCAAGAACAAUUAGAUGCUAGCGGAGGCGAGCUUGAGCAUGUCUUGCUCGAAUUGUCAGGAGUUAUAACCAUCGAUAUGACUGGCAUUGAAACGUUGGCGGAAGUACACAAAACCUUAGCUGCAAGAGGGAUUAAGCUGGGAAUAAUAAACCCGAGGAUUAAGGUGAUGGAGAAAAUACAAACGUCACAUUUCGUAGACAAGAUCGGAAAAGAAAAUAUCUACUUAUCGAUCGAGGAUGCAAUCGUAAAUUGCAAGUUUUCGAUUCGCAAGUCCAGUGAAGCCGAAGGUUCAUCAUAAACCGCAAGCGAUGAUGCGCAUACAAUAAGUUUGAUGCUGUGUUCUGGGUUUCGAUUCUGCAGUUGCUGGUACCCCGAGAAAUUUACACUUGGUUGUUGUUGUUGUUAUUGGGGUUUGUUCUUGAGGGGGAAAAGUGGAAUUUUAUUUCUCUGAUGUGAAAUUAUUAUUUUUCUUACUUGAUAAGAAAUAAGUGUAGUAUUACUCUUUUCUUAUUGGCAAUACUAUGGAUCAUGGAUCAAAUAUUUGGAACUUUUACUU